AAAUAGUGACCCCAAAUCCCUUCUCUUUUAGCCUUUACCACUGAGAAAAAAAAAAUUCACUCUUUUAUCUUUCAAAAAUACAGAACUUUGAAUAGUUCAUCUUUUUUAAUUUCUGGGUUUUGGGUUUUUAGUCUCCGCCAUGGAUUCAACUUCAAGUGCAGCAGCACCAACGCCACCACCGCCACCGCCGAGCUUUUACUUCGACGACAAAUGGAAGCUAUCAAAGAAAGAAACUUCAUCAUCAUCAUCAUCAUCAUCAUCGAAGGGACGUUCUUUAUCAUCAUCUUCAACUUCAAAUUCGUCAUCAUUCAUGAUCAAAACCACCCCGUCAUCAUCAUUAACAUCACCACCCUCAUCAUCAAAAACAAAAAGAUGUGCUUUCACUAGGAAAUGUGCUAGGCUAUUCAAAGAACAAAGGGCUCGUUUUUACAUCAUGAGGCGUUGUGUUAUCAUGCUCAUUUGCUGGCGCGAAUACACUGAUUCUUAAGUAUUUUUAAUGGAGGAUUUAAUGGCAUCCAACCAAGCAAGCAAGCAAGAAGAA